CUUACCGUUUGCAGAGGCCAUGAUGUAUCACGUUUUUCCUUGUACCUAGUUCAUCGUGACCGUUGGGCUUAUGGAAUAUAUUGAAAAUUUAGGUGUUAAUGUGGCAAAAACUGAUCAACCUGACAAGAUGAAUUCGAGAGAGAUACGAGAAGCAGAGGAUAAAUCGAUGGUCCCUAAUAAAACAUUGGCUGAAUGUUUUUCUGCAAUAAUACCGUCAUCUAUAACUAAAUGGUUCUGUCGCCCACAAUCAUCUUCCCUUUCUGAUUCUGCUAAUAUAUCACAUGAACCUAAACGUAGGCGACUUAGCGAAGAUCCAAAUCACUAUAAAACAACACCAUCUUGUGCUAGUACAAGCACAGAUUCUUUAUAUUCUCCAAAGUUAACACUAAAACGUAAACACGAAGAUUUAUUGAAUGCAAAUGGAAUUACACCAGAGGACGCAGUAAAUCGGGUGUCAUUUAUCUUGAAAAGCUCAUUGCUUUCAGAGGAUAAUGUCAAACCAAAAGAAACUUUCGUGGAUCGCAAUAGGUCGUCAGCUUCUAUCCCCUCGCCCGCGAAAAAUAGGAUGAUUCAGUAUGGCAAACCUUCCUUUGAUAUCAAUGGAGCUUCAGGAUCGUCUUUCUAUCCAGGUAAAACAACAUACGGCGGAGCAUCCAACCAUUUGUCUGUGAUAUCACAAAAUUCAAUUGUAAGAAGAAGUACGCCAGGAAAUAGACUUCAUAAAAGUGUAGACAAUAUUGAUUGCAAAAUGAGUGGUCCAUCGGAACGAAUCAUGCAGCUACUUGAGAACUAUUCAUCUCCAUUAGAAGAAGUUAGAAGGAUAUCAUAUUUUGUCAGAAACGAAAAUAAUAACAAUUUAUCUAUCUCCAUGUCUAACAACUCUUCCAAACAAAUAUCAAAUAAAACUCAAGAACUUCAUGUGCCAAGCAUUGCUACAAUAUUAAGUAUUAAAAAGAAAUCUGGUCUGAUGGCUAGCACAAGUACUGCUAGACAAUUACUGGCAUCCCAGAGUAGUGCCACUAAGUAUUCGGCACAUACACAUAAUCGUUCGGAUUCAGGCAGAAAAAGUUAUGAUAAUCAGACUUUUAAAUCAAAGAAAAGGCGCGCUUCUACGUCGUCGUUGCCAAGUGACUGUUCAUCAAAUGCUUUGAAAAUCAAUAAAGAUUAUUUACCUAACUUUACAUUCACCAUAUCAAAACAAUUUAGUACUGCGUCAACAUCUGAAAAUAAUACAGCAGCAUUGCAGAAUGAAAACACCCUAUUUCAAUUUAAUAAACCUGCUGAAGCUCCUGAUGCACAAAGUGAUAAUACUGAAAGUGAUUGUUUAGUUAUUCUUGAUAGCACUGACAAAGAUAUAGACACAAGCAUGGCAGACGAUGAUGUUGUAUCUAAAAAUGCACCAUCCACCCAAAUAUCAAUCGAAUGCAGUAGUUGUGAAAACGAAAACAUUACUGAAGUCCUUGUAAACACUCGUUGUGUACAAAAAACUACAAAUUUAUUACAAUGGACAUGUGAAGAUUGCUGGGUUAAAAAUGAUAUGAGUAUUAGUAAAUGUGUAUGUUGUGGUGGAAAAAAACCUCUAAACAAAAUUGAUAAUAAUAAAACUUCUACACCAGUUGAGACAAACAACAACCCUGUUAGCUUACCUAUUAAUCAUGGUUCUUCAUUAACUAAUAAAAUUACAAAUGAUAAAAGUCAAGAAGAAACGUGGGAGUGUCAUGUUUGCCUUUUAAAAAACGCGAAGCAGAACACCAAAUGUAUUUGCUGUGAUGCUACAAAACCAGGUGCUGAACAAUCAGCAACAUUAAAUAGUAAACAAGCAGAAGUCACAAAAGGUCAAGAUGAUAAAUGGGAAUGCAAUGUUUGCCUAGUAAGAAAUGAUAAACAUAACAGCAAAUGUGUGUGCUGUGAAGUUGAGAAACCAGGGACUAAGAAAUCGGAAAUAAAGUUUAAUUUUAGUGUGCCUGUAAAUACAAAAUUUAAGUUUGGAAUUGAUUUGAAUAACACAAACCAAGCAUCUAAUAAAGAAAUUGUAAAAGAAGUAGAAACAAAUAAUAAUGUGCCCCCUACACAAUUUUCAUUUGGGCUAACUCCCAUAAAUUCAGUUGGUGAAAGUUUAGGCAACAAUUUAAAAGGAUCUAAAGAAAGCGCUUCCAAUAAAUCUCCUCAGAUUGAACAUAUGACUGUGAUUUUGGAAGAGGAAAGCGUUGAAAAUCGUCAAGUGUCGUUAGUAACGGAAUCAACACAGUCAUUGGUACCCCUGAACACAAUAGGACAAACAGUAACAAAACCAAGUCAAGAAGAACCACAACCGGCACCAACAGCUUUGCCCAAUGAUGGACAGCAGCAAAACUCUGCUACUUUUACCACACAAUUGCAGACAAUUGAAAUUAUGAAUGAAUGUUCCAACCCAAAUCCUCAUCCGAAUAAUUUACAGCAGAAAGAAUCAAGUAAAGUUGAAACAUCAAGCCGUCCUUCUUUACCAGAGAAUAAUUUGUUUGAAAGAAGUUUGAAUUCAUUUUCACCCGCCCAAGCCCCUUCCACUUCAAUGUUUAACUUUGGUUCAACUGCUAAUCAGAAUACAAUUAAUAUUGGUUCCACAAAUACGAUGACUUUUAAAUUCGGAAAUUAUAAAAUUAAUUCAUCAAAAGUUAAAGAUUUCGGAAUUCUUCCAGGCAAAUUUGAAACGCCGGCUUCGCAGGAUAACAAUAAUUCUGCAGUGGACACAGGUAAUGGGGGCGGUGUAAUUAUUGGCAAUGGUACUAACGCAUUUCAACACGGCGAUGAAGUACCUAACGUAUUAAACUCAGAUAAUCGUCUGUUUGCUAGCGACCAAAGCCAGCCUAGACCUGCAUUGCCAACAGGAGGACUAUUCGGAGCUCAAAAACAAAAUGAAAACAGCGGUUGGCCUCCUACAAAUUUAUUUUCACCACCGCUAACACUCUCUACAAAUCAACGAAAUCUGGCAUUGCCUUCGUGUGCCUUUAAUAGCAUGCCAUUUAAUGCUAGUCCUGCAUGUAGCAACGUAACCGCAUUUCAACGUAACAACGCUCAGAUACAGUCGCCGUCUCAAGGGUUCGGCGUGCUUCCUGCUAAUCCAUUCGCGGUUCCUACGCCUACUUAUGAAAAUCAAGCACAAAGCACAAACACUAGUGGGACCGCAGUAGGGAUUUUCGGACAAUCACUUGGGGCUUCUGCAGAAAACAACAUCUUAUUUGGCGACACGUCACAGCAGAUGCCGAGCUUCAAUUUUUCUGCUGGUCAGACUUCUACUCCUGCCGUAUUCAACUUCUCUCAGCAGUCGGGGAUUCGCGGUCUGACUGGGGCGUCGUCACCGCAAUUCCAAGUAGGCAGUUCUUCCGCCCCAGGACAAACUCGACGUAUAAGGAAAGCAGUCCGAAGAACAACACCACGAUGAAUGCUUUAUAAUCAAUAUUAGCCAAGAUAUUAAUUAAAAAUUACACCCGUGUCAUGCAUGUCAAGUUUGUUUCGUUCUCGCUGAACGAUAUUUAUAUAUUUUUUUUAAUUAUAAAUUUAAAUAUAUUAUUUAGCGGACUUCACACUUCCCUUCGCUUUGAAGUCAGUCCUUA